AUGAGGCAUUUACGACAGUACAGAUUCAAGUGCGAGCUCUGCGACAGAGGCUUCUACUUUCGGUCGCAACUGAAGUACCAUCAGAAACAGCAUUCCAACUCGAACCAGUACCAGUGCGAGCUGUGCUCCCAGUCUUGGAAGUCCUCCUCCACCCUGGCCGCCCACUUGAGGAUCUGUCACUCCGAGCUGUACAGAGACCAGCCCCUGUUCGAGUGCGAUGCCUGCGGCAGGAAGUUCGUCCUGAAGCAGAUGCUGACGAGGCACAACAAGCGCCACCACCGCCAGGACAAGCGCCCCAACCUGUGCGAGAUCUGCGGCAAGUCCUUCACCUCCUCCGCGAGUCUCAAGGCCCACCUGCGGUCCCACAAGGGCGAGAUGUCCGUGGUGUGCGACGUGUGCGGCAAGUCGUUCGUCUCGACGCGGUACCUCACCGUCCACUCGCGGGUCCACACCGGGGAGAAGCCCUACACGUGCGACCACUGCGGCAAGUCCUUCACCCAGAUCUCCUCCAUCAAGAUCCACAUGCGCUACCACACCGGGGAGAGGCCGUACAAGUGCUCCAUCUGCGAGCGCAGUUUCGUGUCGAAGUCCAUCAUGAACCACCAUCUCAAGUCUUUCCAUUCUGUGAACUAA